UGCCCAGCGCCGAGAGGAGCCGCUCCGUGGGCACAGGCAGAAGGACAGAGCCUCUUCAGAUCCACAGCAGGCCUUGCAGGAGGCACUGUCCUUGCUGGGCAGCGACGACUGGGAACGGAAGAAGAAGGGACUCUUGAACAUCACACUGCUGGCUGAGUCCCAUUCAGAAGUCCUGCUCUGUCGGCUUCGUGAGAUUUGCUUGGCAGUUACCAGAGAGUUGAGAACAUUGCUCUGAAUUGUCCCCCAUACUUGAUACACGGCUUGUAGAGUAGAAUAUGUGCUUGUUCAUCUCCAUGUGUGCUCAGGGACUGCCUUCAUUCUGGUUUUAGACCUUCUAUUUCUAGUGUCUGUCAGCUAUCUGUAGGAUCUGUGUGUACAUGUAGCUGUAUUUGCUGGUAGGUCGAAUAUCUGACUUGUCUGUGAGUGAGGUACCAUUAUAAUGCAAGGCAGAAAAGAGACACUAAUAACAUGAUAUGCCAGAUUCCCAAUCUCUGCCCAAGCUGUAAUUGAACACUGCAAAUGAGUCUGUAGACCUGAGCCUGUGUUUUCUGUUUUCUGCCUGGGUGCUUCAACUACAGGUGUUGCUUUUUUGAACAGGAGCAUCUGACUGUUUUAUCUUUAUGCCUUGUGCCUUUAUGGUUUGAAAGCAGCCCUUUCUUUAUUUUGCUUCUAUGUUUUUCAAAUAAAAGGGCCUAAAAUCAAAGCAGUAGACAUUAUAGAAGGGUUAAGUGGAACACUUUAGUGAAGCCUAUUUUUCAUGCCUGCAGUAAGAAGGUGUGUGGGCAGAAACUGGUGCCAGAGUAAGUGCCUUUCAUGCUUGGGCUCUUCUGCUCCUACUGUGCUUUUAUACACAGUGGGACGUGUUGUGAUUUCCUGGGAGUCUUGUCUAAGGAAACUGGUUUUCUUUGCAAGGUGAUGCUUAUGUUUCCCCUCAUGACUUCCCCAGGUGACCAACCUCCGGUCCAACGUGUCCUGCUCUGCAAUUGUCACUCUGGGAGAGCUCUUUGCGAUCUUGGGGAAGGACAUGGACUCCGAGGUGGAUCAGAUUGCUGCAGUCCUUCUCCACAUGUUGCGGAAUUCCCCAGAGUUUAUUCAGAAGGCAGCCUGUCAGAGCCUGGGCAUGAUGGUAGAGAACGUGACUCCUACACGAGCAAUGACUGCUCUCAUGGACAAUGGAGUCAAGAGCCACUACAUCCCAGCACGGAAGUGUACGGCCGAACUCCUCCUGUCCUUGAUGGAGAAAAUGGGAGUCACAAAGCUUGCAGGCACACCCAUGGCUGAGAGGCUGGCACAGGUGGCAGGGACGCUUGCUCAGGACAGUCACAAGGACACGAGGCAUUAUGGACAGGAGAUGGUGAAGAUGUUGCUUAGUAAUCAAAAAUUUAAAAAGCUUUUGGAACAAUCUCUUUCCACGCAUGACCUGGAAGAUAUCCUGAAGAGAAUUAAGAAGAAAGAAUACUGCCCUGCUGUCAAGCCCUGUGGAGCUGGAAGAAGCUUGGGGAUGGAAAACCAGAAGGCUGAACGCCCACCUGUGCAGGAGCCGGUGAAGAAGAGGAAUGAAGGCUCCAAGGAGCCCCAGGCCACAUCGCCUUCUAGCAAACGGGCAAAGUCUGCCACUGGUGGACGCCGCCUACACCAUGCAAGAGCCCAGGUCACAUUACCUGCAUCUGUGGAAGAAAGGGAGCUGCUCCAGAAGCUUUACCAUCUCCUGGAAGCCAAGGCGUUCCAGACACGGAUGGAAGGAGUGGCACUCCUCCUAGAUCUGUCCAAAACCAGACCCCAGCUGAUCUCCACUAACAUUGUCAAAAUUUUUGAUUAUUUUGGCCUGAGAAUCUGUGACACACAUAAGAAAGUGAAGCAGAAGGCGCUGGAGGCGCUGGCAGAAAUCAUAGGACUCCUGCAGGAUGCCAUGAACCCAUUGAUGAUCCGUUUGGUUGAAGGCAUAACAAAGAACCUAAACUCAAAGGAUCCUGGGGUUCAUGCUGCAGCUAUGACGGCUCUGGACCAAUCUGUUGUGCAUUUAGAUGAAGUAUCACUGAUGAAAGAGCUCUGCCACCAAUGGAGUCAUCUGAGUGGCCAAGCUCUGCUGGAUGUCACGGAGCGUAUCACAGUGCUUGUGGAAUGGGCUCAUGCCAGGAGCCCUGAAGCGGUCGAGCGCUACACCCUGCCCGUGCUCUGGUCCUGCCUGGAGAACAAGGCGCUGCCAGUGCGAAGCGCCAACGUCCGCACUGUGGUCACCAAGCUGGCCUGUGCCCUCUGCGAGACACUGGUCAGCCAGAUCAUUAAGUUUGCUGACAGCACACCUCCACAUGUGCAGGAAAACCUCAACAGCCUUCUGGGUUGGUGAAGGUUUGAUGUUCUCCAGAAAGCGGACAAGUUUCUGAGCUGGACACCACCGGACGUGACUUUUCAGCUGUGCCAGGAAUGACAAAAUACUAAGGAAGGGUGUGCAUCUGCCCCCGCUCUGUUAUCAGCAUUGCCCUUCCUAGUCAUGACAUGGGGGGCCAUAAGCAACUGCAGACUGAUGACAAGGUAAAGAUGAAGUAUGGAUCAGCCUCAAGUGAACCCAGACUGAGGAAAAGGUGAAGACUAAGCAUGGAUCAGCCUGAAGCAACUGCAGACUGAGGACAAGGUGAAGACCAAGCAUGGAUCUGCCUCACACAGAGGUGAAGUGGGAGCUGGGCCGCUCUCUGUUGGGAGGAAGGGUCUUGUGGCAGCCCAGAGAGUCUGUGCACAUUGGCAGGGAACAUUGGCUUGAAUUACAUAAUGGCUGUACACAUUGUGCCCUGCAUGUGCCCUGCAAUGAGCUGUGCUGCUGGCAGUGCCCCGUGGAGCUGUAGGGCUGCUCAGCUGUGGGGCAGGGAGAGGAGCAGGAGGGUGCAUGUGCAGCUGAGCCAUGGCUGGAGAGCACAGGGCUCUGGGCUCCCUGCUGUCCCAGGGCAGCCCAGAGGCCAGGCUGUUCCUGUGGCAGCUCUGUGGAAGUGGGGCAGGGUUUUCCUCUGGUCUGCUUCAAGUUGCAGCCAGCAGGAGCAUGUUUCCCUGUGCAGCUCUUUAGAAAUUUCCAAGGAAUCUGUCCCAUUAAAUACGGAGCUUCAGAUGCUUUAGGUUUGCAUUCUAGGCUCUGUUAAACUUUGUGUCUCCACAGAUACGACUGGCUACAGUCUUUCCAAGAAGUUUUCUCUGGGCAUUUCUGAUAUUCCCUUACCAAGAAAGUCCUUGCCUCCAGUCCAGAAAUGCUCUUUCGUCCAAGAUCAGGAAGAAGCUACCAACUGUCCAAAGAAUGUUUCAAGAAUAGGAUUUAGGCUUUAGGAUUAUCAAGAAUAGGAUUCAUUAAGAAUAGGAUUCAUCAAGAAAAGUAUUCAUCAACAAUAGGAUUCAUCAAGAAUAGGAUUCAUCAACUAUAGGAUUCAUCAACAAUAGGAGUUAGGAUUUUGGAAUAGGUUUAGGCUUCAUAGUUGCAGAUGUAUCUAUGUUCUGAUAGUUUUGAAUAAAUGUGUUUGAUUGUAUAUUUAAAUUUUGAUGACAUAUUUUAAUUGUAUAUAUUUUAUUUUGAUGAUUUAAAAAAACUUAAAUGAAUCAAUUAAAUUUAAAUAAACCAAAAGAAGAAUGUGACACCAGGAUCUCCUGGAGAUUAUGGGA